GUAUAUUUCAGGAAGUGCCAUGAUUAGUUUAUUUCCAAUACAAUAUACUUUUUUCCUUUUAACAAGCAAUAAAAUAAUUUUGCUUGAUAAUAUUUAACUUACGAAAAAUAUACUUUAAAAAGUUACAUUAAAAUACUUUUAAAAAACUUUAAAAAGUCUUUUUCUCCAAGGAAAGUAGUUUGAAUUGAAUGUGUGAGAAUCUUCCUCAAUAAAUGUAUUUCAUUUAUUUAAAUAGCUUUUUUACAAUCUUUAAAAAUAUUAUUAAAAAAUAUACAUCUAUCAAUAUUUUUAUUUUAGGAACUAAUUGUAGAAUUUUUCAAUCUAAAAACUGGAAAUUAUUGUAUUGGAGUUGAACCACUUCAUGAAAAAUGCUAUGGAGAGAGUUGUAUAAAACGCAUUGGAGGUUUUGUUAAAAUAGAGAAAAAUAUGGAUCCAUUGAUCAUUAAAUCAAAAGAAGAAAUGUUUAUUAAUCCAUAUUUUGCUUUUCUAAUAAUUAUUCCUGUAAUGUGCACUUUCAUAGUAUGGAUUUUAAAUAAUCAUUUGAGAAAAGUACAUUAUAUUUGUUCUUCACAUCACAGAAACAAUGAGGCAAUUGAAACUGAAAUUGAAUCUUCAAGCAAAAAAGUAGAAGUUCUUCUUUUGUUUUGUCAAGACUGUGUAGAAUAUGGCAGAAAAUUGAAAGAUCUUUUUGAGAACUGUUUCAAAGUUAAAAAAGUAAAUUCUGUGUUAAAUUUGGAAGAUGAAGUCCAAAUUUUACAAAAAGGAACUGAAUGGAUCUCCCAUCAUCUAGAAGAGUACCUAGAAAUAUUUAAAAAAUCUGAAACAAUAAAAAAAGUCAUUAUUAUAGAGUCAGAAAAAAGUGUCUAUUAUCAGAAAUUGAGAAUGAACAAUCAGAUGGAAUUCCAAAAAGAGACAUCUUCUCUGCACCAAUAUGAUAUUCUGUUUAUACAUGCAAUAUCAAAUAUCACCUCUAAUCUAUCUACAAGUUUAUUGGAUUACUUACAUCUCCUUGUUGUUCAUUUUAAAGAUGCUUCAAAACUGCAAAAUAUAACUCCUGAACGAAGAUUUUAUAUGCCUCAGGAUUUAGUUAGAUUAUAUUGUAAUCUAACAAACCAAGAGUGGCAAAUAUGGAAUGAAGAAUGUAUAUUGAAUAAAUGGAAGGACAAUUCAUCUUAUAUUGAAUUUAUUAAUUUUGUAGAUAAUUCAUCUUGAAUAAUUCACAUAAUAAAAUAUGUUAAUGCAACCUACCUCAUUUACAGUAUAUCAUACGUAAUAGAUUGUAUCAUCUGAAAUAUUAAUGUUCAUUGCAUGUCUGAUCCAGUAGUGUAACAGAUUUUAAUCUAGGAAUUUUUGAACGUUACAGUAAACUUAACUAGACUUUUA